CAAGUUGUGUCUGACUAUCACGUGUCGAAUUUCUGGUUGCUUGAGACAGAAGUAGCAGGUCACGACAUUGAGCUCCGUUGUGAAUGCAGUACAGUAGUAGCUGGUCACGACAUUGAGCUCCGUUGUGAAUGCAGUACAGUAGUAGCUGGUCACGACAUUGAGCUCCGUUGUGAAUGCAGUACAGUAGUAGCUGGUCACGACAUUGAGUUCCGUUGUGAAUGCAGUACAGUAGUAGCUGGUCACGACAUUGAGCUCCGUUGUGAAUGCAGUACUGUAACAGCUGUGACAAACAGCGAAGAUGGUGGUGUAUAGUGCUAAAAAGUAAACGUUUGACAGUACACGCUACGUGAGGUGUGCCAGUUAGCCAGACAGGUACAGUAGCUAUGUGGGUGUUCGGUUAUGGCUCUCUGAUCUGGAAGGUGGAUUUUCCCUAUGAGGAGAAGCGGAUGGGCUACAUUAUAGGCUUCAGCCGGCGCUUCUGGCAAGGCAGCACGGACCACAGGGGAGUGCCAGGCAAGCCUGGCCGAGUCGUGACUCUGGUGGAGGACCCAGAGGGUUGUGUCUGGGGCGUGGCAUAUAAGCUGCCAUCUGGCCGAGAGCAGGAAGUGAAGUGUUACCUUGACCACCGGGAGAAGGGCGGUUAUCGCGUCAUCGCAGUGAACUUUCACCCCCGACCCUCCGUGACCCCCACACGACACGCUGACACUCCCCCUGCACCCAGCCAGGCUCUGCUCUACAUCGGUUCUAAUGACAACCCUGACUACCUGGGUCCCGCCCCCCUGGAGCUGAUAGCCAAUCAGAUUGUAGAUGCAGUCGGACCGAGCGGACGGAACACUGAAUACCUGUUUUCAUUGGCUGAGGCGCUGAGGACCCUCCUCCCUGAAGACUCAGACACACACCUCUUCUCUCUCGAAGACCUGGUUAGAGAGAGACUAACACACACACUUACUAAAUGUGUGUCAGUAAACCAUCGCAGGGAUGCUGUUGAUUGUCAGUCAUGUGAUUGUCUCCAGGACCAUUCAGAGCUGGGUUAGGGUUAGGGUUGGGACCGUUCAGAGCUGGGUCAGGGUUAGGGUUGGGACCGUUCAGAG